ACACCAGCCUGGGAUCAUGGCAGAGGUGGCAGACACCAGUGGCUACAGCACCGCCACUGUCACCGAGACCAGUGCCUCCAAGCUGGAGAACCGCAGCCUGACGCUGAAGCUGCACAAGCGGAAGCUGGACAAGAAAGUGGAGUGGUCAAGUGACACCGUAGACAACAAACACCUGGGCAACCACACCUCCAAGUGCUGCUGCAUCUAUGAGAAUGCGUUCCGGGAGAGCUCAACUGAGAAUGAGGAUGAAGAUGAGGAGGAAGCCCUGGAG